UCUUCAAUUCUUGGCGCCUGGGGGUCGCGAGCAGCGCCCUAUAUUCCGGCCGGUCGGCGCAACGCUUGAGUGCCCUGGCAGGGGAGCGGGCCGCGGCGCGUGGAGAGCACUGUGGACCGGAGAGAGGCACACAGCAUGGCCGAAAACCGAGAGCCCCGCGGAGCUGUUGAGGCUGAGCUGGACCCGGUGGAGUACACUCUGCGGAAGCGGCUUCCCCACCGCCUGCCCCGGAGGCCCAAUGACAUUUAUGUCAACAUGAAGACUGACUUCAAGGCCCAGCUGGCCCGCUGCCAAAAACUGCUGGAUGGAGGGGCUCGGGGUCAGAACGCAUGCAGUGAGAUCUACAUCCACGGCUUGGGCCUGGCCAUCAACCGCGCCAUCAACAUUGCCCUACAGCUGCAGGCUGGCAGCUUCGGGUCCUUGCAGGUGGCUGCCAAUACCUCCACCGUGGAGCUUGUCGAUGAACUGGAACCAGAGAUUGAUACGCGAGAGCCGCUGACCCGGAUCCGCAACAACUCGGCCAUCCACAUCCGUGUCUUCAGGGUCACACCCAAGUGAUUGAGAUGAGGCUGGCCCACCUUAUCCACCCACCCCCGUACAGCUAGGCUCAGAUGUGGCUCUUCUUGUACUGAGUACUGUCCUGGACCUUCUUCUAGAGCCAUGUAGGAAAAAGCCUGUCCCCUCGCAGCCCAGAGGACUCUGAAUUGAGAGGGCAAAUAUUGUCUUUUGUUGGGCCCAAGUAGUGGGGCCUCCUGAAUCUUUGUGGUCUGUAGCCAAUGUCGUAUACAAUAAAAAGCAUCAAGUU